ACAAAAUCUCAAUCUUAAAAUCACUUGCCUUUAUAGAAGAAUCUGGCAGCAGAGGAAGGGAAUGCAUUGGUCCUGAUGCCACUGAGGCUGGGUGCAGGAGGGAAAUCUGGGAAGGAGCCAUGCAGAAGAGCCUGAGAGACAACAGUGUCCUCUCUGCAGAUAUGCAGCAGCUGCAAUUCAGACACUUCUGCUAUGAGACUGCUCAGGGCCCGCAAGAGGUUCACUGCAGCCAACUCCACCACCUUUGCCAUCUGUGGCUGAAUCCGGAAAAGCACAACAAGAAGGAGAUGCUGGACCUGGUUAUCCUGGAGCAGUUGCUGGCCAUCCUGCCCCCAGAGGUGCAGAGCUGGGUCAGAGAAUGUGAGGCAGAGACCAGUUCCCAGGCGGUGGCUCUGGCAGAAGGAUUCCUUUUGAACCAGACAGAGGACAAGAAUCAGGACCAGCAGGUGGAGGAGAGGAUCAAGCAGGAGCAUUUACAUGGAUCACCUUUUCUGGGUGGUGACAUAAAACCAAUGAUACCUUCUUUGCUAUCUCUUUUUGGCAGAGAGACAGCAACUUCCGUGCAGUCAGAUCCGGGUCUGGUGACAUUUGAGGAGGUGUCUGUUCAUUUCACUGAGGAGGAGUGGGCCCUGCUUGAUCUGGACCAAAGAAAGCUUCACAAGGAAGUAAUGGAGGACAAUUGUCAGCAUGUGGCCAUUCUGGAAGAAUCAGGAGAUCCAUUUGUCCAAGACAUAGAAGAAGCAGAGAGAUCAGCAGGUAUCUACUUGAUUGUGUGGUGGAAGUGGGUAGAACUCCUCUUGGGCUAAAUAUCGGAGAAUGGGGGAAUUUCUCAAAAGGCAAUCUUCUGAGAUACUGAAACAGGGAACGAAAUCCUAGCUUC